UCAGUAUUUUAAAUCAUGCAAGAAAAUUUAUACUGCCGUUAUCCCCGACGUUUGUUUACAUUAUCAGCUGAGAACAUACGGCCGCCGCGGUGUUUUAAGAAGAUGGCAAAUAAACUUCUGAGAACUCUGCUGUGGCAGCCGAUUUCAACACGAGGCUUUAUUCUUUCACCUCCUUUCUUAUCAUGUGAUGAUAGGUUACACAAUAAACCAUGGACAGGAAAACUGAGAUAUUGCUUGAUGUCUGAGAUUAUACAAGACAAUGAUGUAGAUGUAAAAGCAAGGAGCUCUGUCAUAUCCAGAGAGUUACAGAAUAAGGGUAUCAACAGGUUUUCAGAAGGACAGAUUGAAUCUAUAUACCAACUGCUUUUAGAUUUAGGUAUCAAAGCAAAAACAAUUGACAGUCAACUGGUGGAAACACCUGACAUCCUGAACUACCCAGCAGAAAAAUGGAACAGGAUAUGUGAAGUUUUUGUAGAAAAUGGAAUAUCAAGCUAUAACAUCUUUAAAAAUAUUGUAAUGUACCCAGAACUACUACAACAACAGCCAUCAAGGGUGAGGGAUCUUCUCCUGCAGUAUAGAGCAAUAACCAUUGGGAAAGAAAAUGUCCUGCAACUCAUCCAGAGGUAUCCAGUCCUCUAUUUAGUACCUCCAAGCAAAAUCAAGAAGCGACUUGCACUCUUGAAUACUAUAUUUGCCCCAACAGAAUCAAGGCCAUUGAUUAGAAAUAACCCAAACAUUCUUU